AUGGCAGCAGACUUAAGACUUCUCAUACCAGGAGCAAUAUUUUUUUGCUAUGUCACUUACUUGUCGAUAAGCCUAUUCCGAUCCAACUGCAAACGAAGGGUGACUUUGCGAGAACAGCAGCGGGUGCGAGAAAGAGUUCUUCAACGACUGGAACAGGAAAGGCGAGAGGAGGCACAGAGAGACCGAGAAGAACUUCAAGAGAAGCUAGAAAUUGACAAGACCCUAAGAAUGGAACAAAUCAUGAAUGCCUUGGAAUUUGAAGUUCUUGCGGAUUCGCAGGAGAAGCAGACUUCAAGUUAUUCUGAGAGCAAUUACGGUGCUGCUGAUGAUGCUGAUGCUGCUGCUGGUGGCACGAAGUCGCAAAGGCAUCAGGAGGACGAAGUCAAUGCUGACGGAAACACUCUGUCAGCCCAAAUCCGUUCCAGCGAAAGGAAAGGAAACAAUCCAGAGUGCGUCAUUUGCCUACAGUCGUACAAUGCUGGUCAAGUAUUAUGCUCGGCAAGCACAAGCAAGUGCCACCACAUAUUUCAUGAAGAAUGUGCGAUUGAGUGGCUCCAAGAGAGUAACGAAUGCCCCCUUUGCCGGGUGGACCUGCUAGCAACAGGUCAACUAUCUGUUUAA